AUGUCGGUUACGUUGCACACUACCCAUGGCGACGUCAAGGUCGAGAUAUUCUGUGAAGCAGUACCCAAGACAGCGGAGAACUUUCUCGCCCUCUGCGCAUCCGGAGCGUACAAUGACACCCCGUUCCACCGUCUCAUGCCCUCGUUCAUGAUCCAAGGAGGCGACAUCUCCCUCUCUACAGCCAACAAGGCCUCCUCGUCUUCUAUACCGUUUGAUAUUCCUAAGGGAGGAGCCUCGAUAUACCAUCCAGCUCCGCUAGAGCAGGAGAUUCACCUCCCCACCCUCCGCCACAAUGCAAGAGGGAUACUCAGCAUGGCAGGAAAACCGGUCAAGAACCAAGGCGGUGCCGGAGGUGCAGUGGCGCGGGAUAUAAACGGUAGUCAAUUCUUCAUUACCUUUGCGGCUGCUCCUCACUUGGAUGGAAAGAGUACCGUGUUUGGCAAAGUGCUAGACCCAGGCAGGACGGGAGAAGAGGGCGAGCAGCCUGACACGCUUACCCGUCUUGAAAAGGCCAAUGUGAAGAUAGAUAAGAAAGGAAGGGUGGUGCAGCCGGACUCAAUCAAAGAAAAGCCCGAUAGCGACGAUGCGCAAGCGUGGGAGAAGAUCGGUAUCGAGAGAGUCACUAUCCACGCCAAUCCCUUCGCCGGCUGA